AUGAUUGAAUCGCUUUCUUUUUCGUUUUUUUUUCAUUUUUCUUUUCAUUUAGCAAACAUUUUUUUCUUUUCUUCUCUUCAUUUCAAGUUUGGUUUUUCUCUUUUUUUUUUCUACGUCUUUCUUUCUUUCUUUUUACAUUCUUCAGUCUUUUCUUCUCUCUUUUUCUUUCUUUUCUUCAGUCUUUUAUUUUCUUCUGUCUUUUUCUUCCUUCAAUCUACUGUUUUCUUCUGUCUUUCUUCCUCUUUCUUUUCUUCAGUCUUCUGUUUUCUUUCUUUCUUUCUUUUCUUUCUUAUCUUCUUUUCUUUCUUUUCUUUUCUUCAAAAUUCUCUUUUUUCUGUCUCUCUUUCUUUUUCUUUCCUUCACUCUCCUCUUUUCUUCAGUCUUUCGUUCUUUCUCUUUCUUUUCUUCGGUCUUGUGUUUUCUAUUCUUUCUUUUUCUUACAUUCAAUCUUCUGUCAUCUUCUCUUUCUUUUCUUUUCUUCAAUCUUCUCUUUUCUUCUUUCUUUCUUUCUUUCUUUCUUUCUUUUUCUCAUUCUUCUUCCUAUUGUUUCUUUCUCUUUCUCUGUCUCCCCGUUCCUCCUCCUCUUUGUCGUUUUUUAUAUUUUUUCUCCUCAUCCUUCUCCCCUUUUCAGAAUAUUCUCUUUUUUCUAUUCUCCUCUUCUUUGUUCCCUUCUUUUCCUUUAAUUAUUUUUUUCUGUUCCGCUUAUUUUUUCUGCCUUUUUUUUUUCUUUCUUUUGCCUCUUUUCUUUUUUUUUCUUUCUUUCUCCCAAUUGUUAUAUUUAACAAAAUUUUUCUGUUAAACAUUUUUUUCUUUUUUUUUUUUUUUCAGUUAUCAGUUCUUCUUUUUUCUUUUCUUCUUCUUCCUUCUUCUUCUUCUUCUUCUUCUUCUCCUCCUCCUUUUUUCUUCUUUUUUUUGAGGAGCAUGAAACUUCUUCUUCUUCUGUGGUCUCCACUUCCUUCUUCUUCCCAAUCUUCUUCUUCCUCGUUUGAAUCUUAUUCUUCAUUUGAAUCUUCUUCUCCUCUUCCUCCUCCUUCUUCUUCUUCUUCUUCUUCUUCUUCUUCUUCUUCUUCUUCUUCUUCUCUCCCCGUUUAUGUUUCUUUUAUCAUAUCCUUUCUCUCUUUAUCUUUUCAAGAAUAUGAUCCCUGUCCUUUUCGCUUCUCUCUUCAUUUCUUCAUCCUCUUCCCAUUUUUAAUUUUUUCCUUCUCUCCAUUUCUUAUAACCCUUGGCUUUUUUUCUCUUUUCCGUUUUUCUUUCUUUCUUUUUCUCUUCAUAUCUUCAGAUUUUUUCUUUCCUUUUCUCCCCACCCUCCUCUUUCUCCUCCUCAUCUCUCCCCCUCCUCCUCCUUCUCCUCCUUCUCUCUCAAGUUUCCAGAUUUUCUUUCCUUUUUCACCCCUCACUCCUCUUUUCUUUCUUUAUUUUUCUCUACUCCUACUCCUACUCCUCCUUUUCCUACCUACAGCUUCCUUUGGUUUUUCUUUCUUUUUUUUCUCACUCUCCUCCUCCCCCUCCUGCAAUUUUAUCUCUAGUUUUCUUCACCCGCCUCUUACCUUUUCAUAUAUUCAGUUUCCUUUUUUUUCUUUCCUUCUUUUUCUUCUCUUUCCUUUUUUCUCCUUCCCAUUUCUAAGUCCUCUCUCUGCCCGUCUCCUUCUCUUCCUAAAAUUUAAUUAUCGUCCAGGUGAAUUAGUGUAUAACUUUUCUAUCUAUCUAUCUAUCUAUCUAUCUAUCUAUCUAUCUAUCUAUCUAUCUAUCUAUCUAUCUACAAUCUAUCUAUCUAUCUAUCUAUCUAUCUAUCUAUCUAUCUAUCUAUCUAUCUAUCUAUCUAUCUAUGUCAGUUCAUAUCUAUCUAUCUAUUUAUCUAUAUGUUUAACUAUUCGGUUCAUAUCUAUCUAUCUAUCUAUCUAUCUAUCUAUCUAUCUAUCUAUCUAUCUAUCCGAGUAUCCGUACAUCAGUGUGUAA